AUGGACGCUGUACUUGUCUUUUUCAGCCUAUUAGGUGCAACUUCUGCUUAUUUGAUAUGGUUUUGGCUUCUUGCACAGAAACUCACUGGUCCAAAGGUCUGGCCAUUGGUGGGUAGUCUCCCACAUUUAUUUAUGAACCGGAGGCGAAUCCACGACUGGAUAGCCGGGAACCUCCGUGCGACUGGUGGCGCCGCCACUUAUCAGACAUGCACCAUUGCUAUCCCUUUUCUGGCUAGGAGACAAGGGUUUUACACUGUCACGUGCCACCCGAAAAAUAUCGAGCAUAUUCUCCGAACCCGGUUCGAGAACUAUCCAAAAGGACCGGACUGGCAAACUGCCUUCCAUGAUCUUCUAGGGCAAGGCAUAUUCAAUAGUGAUGGCGAAACUUGGCUGAUACAGAGAAAGACUGCUGCCCUUGAGUUCACUACUCGGACUCUACGACAAGCCAUGGCCCGGUGGGUGAAUCGGACUAUUCGAACCCGUUUGUGGAUCAUAUUAGACAAGGCUUGCAAAGAUCAUUCCUCUGUGGACAUGCAAGAUUUGUUGCUUCGUUUAACCUUCGAUAACAUAUGUGGACUCACUUUUGGUAAAGAUCCUGAAACUCUUUCACCUGAAUUACCCGAAAAUCCAUUCGCCAUUGCCUUCGAUUCAGCCACUGAAGCAACUCUUCAAAGAUUACUUUAUCCUGGAUUGCUAUGGAGGUUGAAGAAACUUGUAAGCAUUGGAGCUGAAAAAAGGCUGGAAAAGAGCCUACAAGUCAUCGAAAAUUACAUGUCGGAAGCCCUUGAAGCGCGAAAAGAAACUCCAUCAGACGAUCUCUUAUCUCGAUUCAUCAAGAAGAGAGAUAUUGAAGGAAACCUGUUUCAAAAUUCAGUCCUCAAACGCAUUGCUCUUAACUUUGUUCUCGCUGGCCGUGACACAUCCUCUGUGGCGUUAAGCUGGUUCUUCUGGCUCGUCAUGAACAACGAGCGCGUAGAAAACAAGAUCAUCAGUGAAGUAUCGACAGUUUUACUAGAAACCCGUGGAAAAGACACGCAGAAAUGGAUUGAAGAGCCAUUGACAUUCGAUGAAGCUGAUAGACUGGUUUAUCUAAAAGCCGCAUUGACUGAAACCCUGCGUCUGUACCCCUCAGUCCCCGAAGAUUUCAAAUAUGUUGUCUCCGACGAUGUUUUGCCGGACGGAUCAUACUUGCCGGCUGGUUCAACUGUCACAUAUUCUAUAUACUCAGUUGGGAGGAUGAAGAGUGUAUGGGGUGAGGAUUGCAUGGAAUUCAAACCGGAGAGAUGGCUUUCGGUCAGUGGUGACAAGUUCGAACCGCCCAAGGACGGUUACAAGUUCGUGGCGUUCAAUGCCGGACCAAGAACUUGUUUAGGCAAGGACUUGGCGUACCUCCAGAUGAAGUCUGUGGUCUCUGCUGUACUUCUUCGUUACCGGCUAUCUCUGGUUACCGGUCAUCUUGUUGAACAGAAGAUGUCUUUGACUCUUUUCAUGAAGAAUGGUCUCAAAGUUUACUUGGAGCCACGUCCUCUUACUGCACCACCAAGGGCUGCCAUGUCAGCAUAG